CUUUUUUAUGUAAAAAAAAUUAUUCAAAAUUUGAAAUGUGAUAACGGUAUAAAUGCGCUCACGCGAUUAAUAAGGAAAAUAAAUGCCCGGAGUUUGCGCACGUUGUCAUCGCGAAGUUUAUUUCGCGGAGGAAAGGUUGGCUCUCGGAAAAGUUUGGCAUACGUUGUGUUUCUCCUGUUUUAACUGUCGAAAAUUAUUGGACAGUUGUACAGUAUCGACUCAUCGUGGCGAAUUAUUUUGUCGAAAUUGUUAUUCCCGAUUAUUUCCAACUAUUUUACGUUCUACUAAAGGAAACAUUUCAUCGAAGGAAAACAAAACAUUUCCAUGUGCAACAAUCCCAAAUACAUCGAUCUCCCUAAACGAUUCCACCUGUUGUUAUUGCUGUUGCUGUUGUGCCACCGAAGAUUCUUCGAUCGGUGGAACAUCGUCGAUAAAUAACAAGGAUUACCAUUUGAAGAAGAGUAGACUUCGUGGGGGUGGCGAAGAAGAGGAAAAGUCCCAAUCGAGGUCGAGAAGUUCACCAUGCCGUACUAUUCUCAGCGGUGGUUGCUGUUGCGACAACGUUACGUGCUGCGAUAUCGACAGAGCUGAUUCCUGUUGCAAGACUAAACUACCUCCAGGAUGUGAAUGCCUAGGUGGUGGUCUAGAUUGUCAACGUUGCGGACGGAAAGUGUACCAAGCUGAAAUGCAGAUCGCAUCCGGUGUGCCCUAUCACAACAUUUGCUUCAGUUGCUUCUGCUGUCGUAAACCUCUCGAACCAUUAACGUAUCAAGAGAAUUGUGGCGAGAUUUAUUGUAAACAAUGCUACAUCAGAAAUUUCGGACCGCAAGGAUACGGUUAUGGUAUCGGAGCCGGUGCGCUGCAGACCCCAAUGUGAAGCAAUAAUAUUGGAGAGGAUAUGCAAAAACUCAAUGUUAUUCUACUUUGAUUUACAAAUAUGCACAAAUAUUUGUAUGGAUACUACUAUUUUCGUAACGAAUGUUGUGGCAGAUAUUGUUUUAUCGUAUCGUACGAUCCUUUUUAAUGCAUCUUACAUGGUAGCUUGUAUGAUUUUUUCCCUUUUUUGUAUACGAAGUUUUACAUUUAUAAAAUUACAUUUUGAUUUCUCAUACAGGUUAAACGACAAUCAUACACGACACAA